CAUUCCGCUAAUGCUUCUCACUCCUCGGACGUAUUCCCUUUCCCAAAUCCCCGACGCCGGCUGCACCGAGCCUUCGUCUUCCUAUUUUCUCAUCACUCCCUCGCGCAAAGACCUGCGCAACGAAGAGCUGCGUGCGCGGAGGAUGCUGUUGCUCCACCAGACCGGCGCCGUCAAGGUGGGCGAGGUGAUAAGGUACACAGUCACAUAUACGCCCUCUGAAGACAGAAUCCUCCCAAGUCCUUCCCAUCUCCAUGUUCGCAUACGGAACACCGCGGCUAUGCCGCUACGCGCCGCCUAUCUACACGGUCCUUAUUCCCUCCACGUCGCUGCAUAUCCUUCCACUUUCAACCCUAACAAGAAAGUCGAAUCGCCGCUGAAGGAAGGGGUGCCCGAAUUUGAGCCAGACCUCAAAGCCGGUGGGUCGUGGAGCGCAAGGCUGACAGUGCCUGAAAAUAUUCGCGAAAUUGGAGGCAACCGAGAGCGGAACGAACAGCUGCCACAAAGUGCAACAUGGAUAAUCGAGAUUGCCUCGCAGAUUAUAUUUUCCCAGUCCGCAUCUGUCAGCUACGAACUCUUAGUCGCCAGGGACGAGCGGUCUCUCGAUCUAGGACUCACAGCUGUUACCGGCAAUACCAGUGGGGUUCCCGGUCAGGUUGAGGAUCACCAGCAGGGCAAAGCGAAGCACAUUCGGAAACACUCGGCCAAUCCUCGUGGCGUGUACUCCAAAGCCGUGAAACUUGUCGUCGACGACACCACAAGUUUGUGGAACAAGCCCGAAUUGCCGGACUGGAACCCAAAACAUACCGGAGCAUCAACAAACAACCACAGCAAUCUGGAGGAUCGAGGGUCAGAGACUACACGUGAGCGGAAGCCAAAGAAGAUUCACUUAGUGAUUCUCACACAUGGCCUGCACAGCAACUUGGGGGCUGACAUGCUAUACUUGAAAGAGAGCAUCGAUGCCUCCGCUAAACAAGCACAAGAAAAUAGGAGGAGACGAAGACACCAGAAACGCGGAACUGAUCUACAACAUCAGACCUCAAAAGACGCAUCUACCGCUCCACUCUCAGGUGGCCAAGACGAGAUACUUGACGAUAAUGACAAUGACACUGAUGACGAUGAUGAGGAACAAAUUGUGGUCCGCGGCUUUGAGAAGAACGUAGUUCGAACGGAACGCGGUAUUCAGUACCUAGGCAAACGAUUAGCAAAGUAUGUGCUGGAAAUGACACAUCCGGAUCAGCCGUACCUGCCGAUCAAAAAGUCAAAGUUUUCAUCAUUUUCGCCAGUUUCAGAUAAGAAAGAUCCUGGCAUCCCAUCACAUUCGGGCAGUCAAAUUCAUAAAGAACACCCUUCACGCAAAGAUAAGCGGGCAUACAAGUACACGAGUAUCAGCUUCAUAGGUCAUUCACUUGGUGGACUUGUUCAGACUUAUGCCGUCGCCUACAUCCACAAGCAUUCGCCAGAGUUCUUCGAUUUAAUAAAGCCUGUCAAUUUCAUUGGGUUGGCCACACCAUUCCUCGGUAUGAGCAAUGAGAAUCCCAUGUAUGUCAAGUUUGCUCUCGACUUUGGUCUGGUGGGAAGGACCGGGCAAGAUCUGGGUCUGACAUGGCGAGCUCCUACUAUUGCCAGGAGCGGGUGGACCGCAAUGGUCAACGGGCUUGGUGGGCAGUCAAGCAACCAACAAAAAGACGAAGACCCUGGUUCCAAACCUCUUCUCAGGAUACUUCCAGCCGGUCCUGCGCACAGUGUGUUGCGAAUGUUUAGGAACCGAACGGUAUAUUCAAACGUCGUCAAUGACGGAAUUGUCCCCCUUCGCACUAGUUGCUUAUUGUUCCUGGACUGGAGAGGUCUAGAUAAAGUCGAGAAAGCAAGGAGGGAAAAUGGCCUCAUUGGCACUGUGGCUACAUGGGGCUUCAGUCAGUUGACGGGCCAAAAUGUAUCUCCAAAUCCGUCUAGGGUAGGUCUUCAGGAGACUGGCAAUGAUCGAGCGCUGUCGCGCGAAGGUGCUGCUUCAGAUGAUCGGACACAAUCACCAUCAUAUAGUGGAGACGACACCACCGUACCUCAGCCCAGUGCCGAUGUCACGAAUCAAGAUGACGAAGCUCAAGCUGCUGCGGGACCAAGCGCCAAUCAAUGGAUGGGUGAUCAAACAAAUGAUUCAAACGACCAGCCGGCAUCGCCAACUAGCAACCAGUCAGCACUGAGUACCCUGUGGAAUUACAUCCGGCCAUCGGGGAAGCAUACCUCGAAGGACAAGAAAAUGUUCAAAAGGAGUCAAACCCUAGGUUUAGAUCAAGCAGAAGCAGCCAGUGAAGAGACAACACCCGGUUCAGACGGCACUGACCCACAAAGCAAGCGGCCUCGAGCUACUCGAGGUGAUUCGCUAUCCCAAGAUCCCAAUAAUCCGGGAGCACCACCGAAAACAACUAUAUUCGAAUCCGCCGGUGACCUGCUCAGUCCACCGACACCUCCGGAGUCAUGGAUCGUAGACCCGUCCACUCGGGCACGUACAAUCUUCCACGACCGUAUCUAUCACCCCGACGAUAUCCCACCACCACCUAGUAUAAAAAAGAAGACCGCUAGCACACGUUCGUUCUCCAACGAAAGCGCAUUGACUACAGACUCCGCGACUACCAAUGAAGAUGGCGGUGGAAUGCGCGUCGAAGAGAAAAUCGCCCGAGCCUACCAUAGAGACCUCUCCUGGCGAAAAGUGCUGGUACGAUUAGAGCCCGAUGCGCACAAUAACAUUGUAGUACGACGGAUGUUUGCCAAUGCCUACGGCUGGCCCGUAAUCAAACAUAUUUGCGACACUCAUUUUGGAGACACUUUCGCUGCCGAAACCCGCGAUGAGCAUGAGCCAGCGCAUGACCGAGCGAAAAAUGUGGACGCUCCUGUCAAAGAAGAUGGCGAGCACGUCAAAGGUCAAGAAGAUAUCCAGCCGCCUAUGGACCGUUCCGAGAGCGAAAUGAGGGAGGUUGCGGAUGAACUGUCGCCCUUGCAGAGCGAUGCUCAACAGCCACCCCGUUUACAACACGCAGUAUCCCUCCGGAGCAAAGACUCAGCCGUGUGGGACGACAUGUAUUUCGAAGGAACCUCGGACGAAGACGACGACGAAAUCGAUGAUCGCAACGCCAUCCAACGAUUCCUCCAAAUCCCCCAACCAGCCCGCAAACCCAGCUCCCCAACCUCACCCAAGUUCAGCGUGAGCAGCAGCGACACAAAAGGCACAAGCGACGCCGACAUCGCAGACUUCCUCUCCUCCUCCACCCCUCCAUCCCACAGCCGUUCCGCACAACCCAUGGAAAUGCACCGCGGCAUAGGCGCAUCCCCUUCCUCUCCAACCGCCCGAGCACCCUCGGCGCGCGAACCCGAUUCUCUAGAAUCCAUGGGCGGCCCUCACCAUUUCGGCGCCAAACGCAAUAGCCCCGGCAAAGGAAAAACCACAGCGGCGACUUCCACAGCACCUGCGAGUAGCCCCCCGCACACCCCGACCCGCGCGCCGACCAACCUCAGCGGGGUAGGUCUGCGGCCAUCGUUUGAUGUCCCAUCUCCGUCGGCGGUAGCAUCCGCUGCGAACGAGGGCCGUGCUAGGAGCGGCAGCGGGAGGGUGUCGGAGCAGGUUGCUAGGAUGGCCAGUUACUCGCAGGAACAGCAGCGCUCUCGGUCGCACGACGAAGAAGCUAUUUUGUAGACAACGGCAUCGA